CGAUUUUAGUGAGUUGUGGAAAUGGAGAGAGCAGCGGAGGCACUGAACAGAGCAGCAAACAGCAAUGGAUUGAUGAAUGUGUUUCUAAUUGGGUGCUUUGGGGCGCUGGGAGUUCGGUCGAUGAGGCAGCAGAGGGAUAUUGAGGCAUUGGAGGCAGAGAAGGAGUCUUUGGUCAAAUCCAAUAAAGCCAUCAAGGCUACUAUUUGGGACUGGAAGAAGCAACUCUUUGCCGAGGCUGAGGAGGCUGCUGCCGCGGGGUCCAAGAAUUCUUCUAGAGCAGCAGGGGGGCCCUUAGUUCCUCUUUCCAAGCUUAAGGCUAUCUACGGCGAAGUAACCAGCCCAGCCCUCCCCGCUGCUGAUGCCGACGGCGCAAGUGGUAAAUCACCUGCAUCAAAGAUUGUAAUUUGACGGACAGUUUUUCCUACUAGUAAUCAUUCAUCUACUACUCUAGUACUGGUCUGAUUUUCACCCCAAAAAAAAAAUUUUUUUUUUUGAUACUGCAGAAGCCUAGAACUAUAAUGCAUAAUCCCCUCCGUUUAUCUUCUUGAAACUUUCAUUUAUCCGUCUGCCCACCCAGCGUUGACAUAAUCUGAUUAACUUGAUGCUUUCAAAUUUUAGUACUACUAGUAGUAUUUGCAACGGACUAUGUGAAGGGCCAUUUGGAA